CUUACUCCCUCCGACAGCGCCCCCCGUCUCCAAACCGCCCGCACCCCGCCCCUGGCGGCCGCCUCUCGCGGCUCCCGGGGUCCCCAGCUCCCUGUCCCCGGAGCCAGAGCCCGGCUCCCGCGCGGCUCCCAGCCCCGCCGCGCCGCCCCCCGCAUGCUAAUGGCCGGGCCGCCUCCCGCCGCACACAAUGCGGGCCAGGGCCGGGGGCGGGGGACCGGGGAGGGGGCGGGGGCCGGGCCGGGGGCGGGGGGGCCGGGGCCCGGCGCAUCUCCCCCGGCCCCACGUAACGCUGACGCCCGCGCCGCCGGCCCGCCGCCCGCCGCCGCCGCCGCCGCCGCCGCCCGCUCCGCCGCCGCCCGCCCGGGGCUCCUCCACAGCACCUGUUGCCUUCAUUAGCAGCUUUUCCUCCUCUUCCCUGCACUCCCCAGAACCAAAGAAUGUGAAGGGGGUCCAUGGAGAAGUUAACUCCUUGGUCCUGACAUCUCGAUUCCCAUACACCCCACCCCCAACUUCCCGAGAUCUUUCUCCACAGGGCUCACGUCCCCGCGCCCCGAGCGGCCACUUAGCGCCGUCGCCGCCGGCUUUCGACGGCGAGCUGGAUUUGCAGCGAUACUCCAACGGGCCAGCCGUGAGCGCAGGGUCGCCCGGGAUGGGAGCGGUGAGCUGGUCUGAGAGUCGUGCAGGCGAACGGCGCUUCCCCUGCCCUGUAUGUGGGAAGCGCUUCCGCUUCAACUCUAUCCUGGCUUUGCACCUGCGGGCGCACCCAGGCGCCCAGGCCUUCCAGUGCCCACACUGCGGCCACCGCGCGGCGCAGCGGGCUCUGCUGCGCUCGCACCUGCGCACACACCAGCCUGAGCGCCCACGUAGUCCUGCUGCACGCCUGUUGCUGGAGUUGGAAGAGCGCGCGCUACUACGCGAGGCUCGACUGGGGAGAGCCCGAAGCUCAGGGGGCAUGCAGGCCACCGCUGCCACUGAGGGCUUGGCGCGGCCCCAGGCUCCUUCAUCGUCCGCCUUCCGUUGCCCCUACUGCAAAGGCAAGUUUCGCACCUCGGCGGAGCGCGAACGCCACCUGCACAUCCUGCACAGGCCCUGGAAGUGCGGCCUGUGCAGUUUCGGCUCCAGCCAGGAGGAGGAGCUGCUGCACCACAGCCUGACGGCCCACGGGGCUCCCGAGCGCCCCCUGGCGGCCACCACCGCUGCGCCUCAGCCUCAGCCUCAGCCUCAGCCUCAGCCUCAGCCUCCACUCCAGCCAGAAACUAGAUCAGUCCCAGAGCCGGAGCCCAAGCCCGAACGUGAGGCAACCCCGACCCCAGCUCCUGUCGCUCCCGAGGAGCCCCCAGCACCUCCGGAGUUCCGCUGCCAAGUGUGCGGCCAGAGCUUUACACAGUCUUGGUUUCUCAAGGGCCACAUGCGUAAGCACAAGGCCUCCUUCGAUCAUGCGUGUCCGGUGUGCGGCCGCUGCUUCAAAGAGCCCUGGUUCCUUAAGAACCACAUGAAGGUGCACGCCAGCAAGCUGGGCCCACUGCGUGCCCCGGGGCCUGGCUCCGGGCCUGCCCGAGCCCCCCAGCCUCCUGACCUCGGCCUGCUGGCCUAUGAGCCAUUGGGCCCAGCGCUCCUCUUGGCCCCAGCGCCCACCCCGGCCGAGCGCCGUGAGCCCCCGAGCCUCUUGGGCUACCUGAGCCUGCGAGCUGGCGAGGGCCGGCCCAACGGCGAGGGUGCUGAGCCCGGGCCCGGCCGCAGCUUCGGAGGCUUCCGCCCGCUGUCCUCUGCUCUCCCGGCCCGGGCUCGCCGGCACCGUGCAGAGGAGCCGGAGGAAGAAGAGGAGGUGGUGGAGGCCGAGGAGGAGACCUGGGCCCGGGGCAGGUCGCUGGGCCCUCUGGCUUCCCUGCAUGCGCGCCCGGGUGAGGGACCAGGGCACUCUGCCCCUGCUGCUGGGGCCCCGGCAAGAUCGACCACCACGCAGGAAGAGAAUGGGCUGUUGGUUGGAGGGACCCGGCCUGAAGGGGGCCGGGGUGCCACCGGCAAGGAUUGUCCCUUCUGCGGAAAAUCUUUCCGCUCAGCACAUCACCUCAAAGUGCAUCUGCGAGUGCACACAGGCGAGCGGCCCUACAAGUGUCCGCACUGCGACUACGCGGGCACCCAGUCCGGCUCGCUCAAGUAUCACCUACAGCGCCACCACCGGGAGCAGAGGAGCGGGGCCGGCCCUGGGCCACCCCCGGAACCACCGCCUCCUUCCCAGCGGGGUUCAGCCCCGCAAUCUGGAGCCAAGCCGUCUCCACAGCCUGCGACCUGGGUGGAGGGUGCCUCAAGCCCCCGGCCUCCUUCUAGCGGUGCUGGGCCGGGGUCCCGUCGGAAGCCCGCCAGCCCUGGGAGGACCCUGCGCAACGGGCGAGGUGGUGAGGCCGAACCCCUGGACCUGUCCUUGCGGGCAGGGCCGGGAGGCGAGGCCGGGCCGGGGGGUGCUCUCCACCGCUGCCUCUUCUGCCCUUUCGCCACUGGAGCCCCAGAGCUCAUGGCCUUGCACCUUCAAGUGCACCACAGCCGCCGGGCUAGGGGCCGCCGGCCACCCCAGGCUGACGCGUCCUCGCCCUAUGCCCGAGUACCAUCAGGAGAGACCCCUCCCAGUCCUUCGCAGGAAGGGGAGGAGGGCUCCGGGCUGUCCAGACCCGGAGAGGCAGGGCUAGGGGGGCAAGAACGGUAGUGAGCCCUCAGGGGUGAUUAGCUUAGUGAGCUUACCCCGCCGGAGCGGGGGAGCGCUAGAGGUAGAUGGGUAGAGAAGCCAGCAGGGGGCAGCGUGGGACCCAUAUCCCAGCCCCAGGCGGACCAGAGGUGGAAGGGGCGGCGGGCGUAGGAGGGUGGGCUGGCGGUACCCACCCAGCCCAAGGGAGUCACAGUGCCUUAGAAGUGGCAGAGGUGAGGGUCAAAGAACGGGGUCCCUGGGCUGGCAGAGAGGGUUUGUGUCCCUGUUGAGGAGCCACUCUGCCAGUCUUUGCUGGUCCAUAGGCGUGAGAGUUUAUUUUUGUACAAGGGGUGAGGGUGGGGAGCACUGUACCCUUCUAGCCCCAUCAGGGGCCCUGUAGACGUCGCUAUUUUUGGUACGAUUCCUGUCAUCCCUGUUGCAGAGUCGUGUCCCCAAUAAACAGGUGUCGUGAGGCACAGGG